UCCUUACAUCCUUCCUUCCUUCCUGCCUGCCUGAUUAUUGCAUUUUGGGGUUCCACACGUACAAAUGGACGCUGUGUGUGAUCUAUGUGGCCAAUUGAAUCAGCCGCCAGAGUUGGACAUCAGAAGAAUCCCCAGCUGCACAGCUUGAGAAAACUGGGCACCGAAGGAGACCAAUGGACGGGCGGCAUGAAGACGAGUCUUUACUACAAGGAGAAAAUGCUUGCAAGUCAUCAGCAAUCACCUCCGUGCAAUAAAAAGGCCCCCACCAAGCAGGACAAAAGCCGCUCCGAGACGUGUUUGACAGAAGUGGCAGGAUCCCAUACUGAAAAGACAAACAGCAGAAGAGAACAUUUCCUUCUCCAAGGUCCAGGCUGGGUUGCCUUCAUGCAGGAUCCUGUCAGAACCUCAGCUGGAAGUCUGGCAAAGACGUGGCCCCGGUGUCGCUCCCAGCGUGGGGAGGAGGGGACGGUUGGAGUUGGAGUUACAGCGGCAGCAGCACACAAACCACAAAGGAAUAGUUUUGCUACUGCAACACUCGCUGGAGCUGACAUCUUCUUUCUAGUGGAGAUGAAGAGUGGCGUGUUGAAGCUCGUGGGCUCUUCGACUUCUGCGACUUCAAAAAAAGUUGGAUGGAGGAUGGGAAAAAAAAAAGUUGUCUUGCUCCAAGCCCACUCAGCAUCUCUGGAAGCACCUGAGAGCAUCCGAAGUGGAACGAGGCCGAGACUUUGGGGAGGUAUCUUCACAUACUUCACCCCCCCACCCACCCCCCACCCCUUGGCACCACAGCAUCCAAAAGGAAUGCCAGAGGAGGGCACUGGCAUGGUGUCUUGGCCCCUCAGCGGAGACUGUGUCACCAUCUGGCGUCUGUCAUUGAGGCUUAAUGAGCGCCAGGGUCAUCACACCAUGUCUGGACCAGUCCAUAUCCCCACAGGGGGGGUCCAGGUUCGAGAUAGACCAAUAGGACUCCAAAAACAAAAGAGCGAAGCCCCCACGGAGCUCACCUGUGGAGACAUGACCUCAUAG